AUGCGCCUCACAAGCACAAGAGCACUGCAGAAUCUGCGCACUGUCGCGCCAGCUCGCGCAUUCAGCGUCUCCGCAAGGUCUCAAGCUCACAAGGACCCGGAGGAGCAGCAGCAAGCCAAAGACACCUCGAAGGAGGGCAAGGAUCACUCGAGCCAGCACACACAUAGCGAGGCCGCCAUCAAAAGUCAUCAGCAUGACCAGUCACCGCAGGAUCUAGCGAAACAGGGUCAAGCCAAGGCCCAGAAGGAGCAUCCAGAGGCGAAGCUUAGCGAGAUAGCACAUCAUGCUGCAGCAGUCACACUCGAGCCAGUGCUGAGACCUCAUACCUAUCGAGCGGGGCUCAUCUGGCAUACAACGAGCUCCCGAGAAGCUUUGAACGAGGCAGCUGCCCUUUAUCGCCACGGACAGCAUCCCGGUCUCGUUGCUGAGAAGUGGCGGCGCUGCAUCGUCUGCACCCUUCCUUCGGCCUGCCGAGCAUCGCGCAGUGCAGCUGUCAGCAUACGUAGCUCGAGCAUCAGCCAGCGACAGUCGAGGGCAGUCGUAAAGAUAAGGCUGCUGCGGCUCAUAGUCACAUCGCAACGCGCGUGUCGUAAAGUCGCAGAACGAGAAGCAGGACUUCACUCGUUCAUCAGUCCGAAGACGCGUUCACCCUCGAGGCUGAGUUUGCAGGGGCCUCGCCGACGACGGCCCAGUCAUCAGUCUCGCCUGCUCGCAUUUGCAUUGAUCUGGUCUGCUGUGCAAGCCAGCAUCAUCGCAAGCAUCAUUCGUCACGAUCCCUGCCUUGUCCUCCAAGCAUAUUUGGCAGAACCAAGUGAUAUCAGUCAAACGACGAGCAUGACAUCGGCUUCUGCUGUGCCUGCGCCCUAUCUGCACCCCGUUGCAUUAAGAUCUGGCGCCUCAAGCUCCCCUACUGCAGUCGCCAAAGCGCAAUAUGAUAACAACCAUCUGCGCACGUCUGUCCCUGUCGAUUCAGAUGCGGGCAGAGAUGCACUUGCGCAGCAACCCGGCGCACAAGAUGCGUCGGUAUGCGGCCGUAUGAGCCCCGACGACGAGCAUUCGCGGCCCUCCUCGCCGCCUCAGUCGUCAUCGUCGUCAAAGUCGUUCUUCAGGAGCAGACUGCAUCUGUCUGGCAGCAAGGAUCGCGCGUCUGCCUCUCCACCUCGGUUGGUUUCGCCUACCUCGUCUCAAGAGGGCAAGAAGCGAGCUCAUCAAAGCAUCUCGCAUGGCAAUUCUUCAGAUGUAGACGAGGCUAACGACGCAGCUGAUGUCCGUCCGUCGACCGCCACCGGCCAACCGAUUCGCGAUGUCUCUAUGGAUAUAGAGCCCGCAUGGUAUGGUCUCAAUCCACUACCGCUCUCGGAGACACCGCUGCAUCCGGCCUGCGCACCUCGCUCGGUCCGGGAGCUGGCGCCGGAGGCCAAGUUCAAUCAGAGCCGAGCCUCGAUUUCGACUACACCAACGAUGCGUCGUGCGCCGCAGGACGCAAAUGAUGCUACCGAGAGAUUUGAAACGCAAGACGACGAAGAUGCCGAAACUUUCUCGUCGGCGCCUACUUCGCCGCCGACAGGCGCGCACGCAACGCUCUGGAAUCCGCGUCAUGUGUCGACGCUGUCGAACGACUCUAUCAUCUCCAGCGCUUCGACUGCUACACUUGAUUCCGGUUAUUCCGGCCGUACUCGCGAAUCUCGUUCGACCUCUGCUUCCUCGUCGUUCUCAGCCUCGCUCUCGUCUCAUUCAAGCGCGCCUACAUCCGCCCCUCCUGCGAUCCCGAACUGCUUUGCGCCGAUCUAUACGCUCACUGCGAAGCAAUAUGCUUACUUGGCCAGUCAGGCACCUUGUCUGGAAACCCCAGAGCAUGUCGUCUUUGACUGGCUACAUGGCGCCGACCAGGCAGGCACACAGCAGGCUGCUUAUUUCGGCUAUACAGGCAACAAGCGCGCGCCAGUGCCGAGAUUUCGCGGUCUCACCACGAUUUGUGCCGGUUCUGAUGUCGUCAGACGACCGAGAGCGAACACAAGCGUGUCUUACAACUCGAUCGCAUCGUCUUUUGCGUCUUCAUCAGCUUCUUCGUCUUCGUACAGCCUUUCGCUCUCGGAGUCAGACACAGGCCGCUCGAUCAAUGACGCAGAAAUGCCGAAUUAUGGUCCCGAGCCUCGCCCAGCAUUGCUCGUUUCGAGUCUCUUCCCAGAGGAGCUGCUCAUCAACGAGUCUGACUGGCAGACGUCAGUCUUUGCAAAACCUCAACUGCCGCCCACAGUCAAUCUGCGCAAUUUCAAGAUCCAAGCGAUCAAAUAUGCGACCGUCUCAGACAUAGUCGUCUAUUCCGAGCGUGGUGCUCUGAACGACGGCGGCGAAGCGCUCAAUGUUGCUCGCCGAUUUGCAGAUGCUCAGCUGGCAAUGGCACACGAACGUCAUUGGAUGGGCGAGAGUGAUGUGCUCGAAUAUCGCGUCUACGUCAUAACGGAUCCUUUCUCGGCAUUCGAAAGCACGCCAGAACUUGCCGAGCUUGUAGCCGUCGACUCACUCGGCUGGCCGACGCAGCGUCGCAUCAACUUUUUCGAACGUGAGCGAGAGGAAAUGCGCGCUCUCACGCAAGCCAGCGAGAUUGCCACCAAUGUCUGGCUCGGUAACACCCAGGAUGUGCCCAUCUCGCAAGAAGUACUAGAGGCACAUCGCAAUAGUGCGCAAUACUCCAGUUCCGACUCGGCAUCUUCGCUCUCGAUGCUUGAUGACGGCAAUCCCCAUCAUUUCUCGAUCUGCGUCGAAGCUCAUGACUCGUGCGGCCUUAUCAAUAAGCGAGAUUUAGCGGUCUUCGAUCACGAUCUGCUCAAUCUCGAGAAGGCUGCUUUGCAGGAGCUGCAAGAUAGCUAUCAUCUUACGCCAAGUGGCUUGCCCGGUACUACCUCGGUCGAUUGCGACACCAACGUUCUCAAGACCAACGCUGCCAACAUUGUGCAUCUCGAAUGCCAGUCUGGCGCCUGGAUCUGGGGCAGACCAAGCGGUCUCAUCGAUCUCGUGCUCUGGCUCUAUCAGCAAGCCAAUCCAAUGACUGGCUCAGAGCGUCUCGCCAAGCGCGUGCUUAUACACUGCUCGGAUGGCUACGUCGAUUCGUCGAUCCUCGCUCUGGCUUACAUCAUGUACGCGCAAGGCUGCACGCUGCCCGAGGCAUACCUGCAUCUGCAGAAUGAACGUGAUCGCUCGUUUUAUGUGUCCGGCAAGGAUGUUCAGCACCUGCUCAAGGUACACGAGCAGCUCGAGCCACUAUAUAGAGCGAGACAGCGCGACGAGCAAGCUCGAUCUGCGCAAGCAGCUCACCAGAAGAUGCUCGAAGCCCAGCCUAAGAUUGAGCCUGUGCCCAAGCGUUCCUUCUUCAGCGUGCAUUCGCAUAGACAGGCAACUCCGACGACGACGUCGCCGCCUGCCCUCUCGCCCAAAGCGAGCUCCUCGUCGCUUUUCAGUACGCCUCAGGCAGCUGCUCCUUGGUUCUUUGACGAACGCUUUGACGGCCAUUUCCCAUCUCGGAUCCUGCCAUACCUGUACCUUGGCAAUCUCAACCAUGCCUCCAAUGCGCUCAUGCUCAAAGAGCUUGGCAUCAAUCAUGUCGUCUCGAUCGGCGAGUCUGCCCUCGUGCCGCCCCAGCAUCAUUCCAUGAUGCCUUUCAGCUUCGGACAGCCAAAGGUCCGCACAGAUGGUCGUACGCCUAUUAAUUCGCUUUGGCACGAACAGCGCCAAGGCAAUAUUGCCGUAUUGGAUAUCAAGGGAUGUUCGGACGACGGUAUCGAUGACAUCGGCGCCCAUUUUGCCACUGCCAUUGACUUUAUCGACAAGGCGCGUCGCGAAGGCGGCAAGGUGCUUGUGCACUGCCGUGUUGGUGUCUCACGUUCCGCUACGCUGGUCAUCGCACACAUUAUGGAGCACCUCGAGCUCGAUCUCGCAUCAGCUUAUUUGCUCGUACGAUCUCGACGUCUCAAUAUUCUCAUUCAGCCAACGCUACUCUUUAUGUGGUCCUUACAGCGCUUCGAAGCCGACCUUGAGCGCCGACGUCAAGAGCAAGCUACGACAAGCCCAGGGCUUGCGUUGCAGCUCUCGCCUCGACAGGCAAGCGCAGAAGCAGAAGAAAUGCGCUCUUUUGUCGAGGCGCGACGAUCGGGUCCGCUUUCAUGGCCAUAUUUCUGCCGCGAGGUGUCCAAUCUCAACGCACGAUAUCUUUCAUGA